GCGACCUGACUGUGUUGCGGAAGCAGGUACCGAAAGCUUUUUGCGGCAUGGUGGACGCUUUCUGGCCUCGGCUGACUACAGGUGCGAGGACUCCGCGAGACCGCUACCCGCGUGGGCGAGGGGAAGCUACUGGGGCGCCGUGCCCGUAAUGAGCGGCCCGUUCGCAUUUGGAGCGAUCCAGCCUUCGCGUUUCCCGCAACUUUUCGAACGCUGCUGUGCCCAGAGUUCCAGAACCCACGGCUUUCAUGCGUGGGAGUUCGAGAACUCCGGCCCCGGGCCGUUCGGAGAUGCCCGUAAGGCGAGCGGUCUUGUUGCCGCUGCUCGUGACCGGGGCCCUACUCGCCGUGCUGCUAGAGCCGACCCGGUGCCAGGAGCCUGAAACUCCGGAUUGGAGGAUGACAUUGAAGACGAUCAGAAACGGCGUUCAUAAGAUCGAUACUUACAUAAACGCCGCUCUGGAUCUCCUGGGAGGAGAAGACGGACUCUGUCACUAUAAAUGCAGUGAUGGAUACAAACCUUUACCUCGCUACAACUAUAAGCCUGUACCACCCAACGGAUGUGGUUCUCCACUCUUUGGAGUUCAUUUUGACAUUGGCAUUCCUUCAAUGACAAAAUGCUGCAAUCGGCAUGACAGAUGUUAUGACACCUGUGGUAGCAAAAAACAUGAUUGUGACGAGCAGUUUCAAUAUUGCCUUUCAAAGAUCUGCAGAGACGUGCAGAAGACAUUAGGAAUACCUGAGUCUGUGCAAGCCUGUGAAUCUACCGUACAACUAGUGUUCGAUGCAGUCAUACAUCUUGGGUGCAAGCCAUAUCUUGACAGUCAAAGAGCUGCAUGUGUAUGCCAGUAUGAAGUCAACAGAGACCUGUAACAUGAUUUUUCUGAAGUGAUAGAGCCCUUUAUUGUUACAAAGCUGUCCUAAGGAUACAGUGAGCAUGCAAAUGGACUGUCUACUCACCGGAAGACAUUAAUGGGUAUAUUUUUAUGUAGCACUUCUUUCAUCAGUAUGCAUUCUUAAACUAUAAGGAUCUGGGGCACCUCUUUUAGAGAUGAAAAGGAUAUUUUGACAACUGCCUUAAGUAGAUAAGAUUGUCAAUGAAUGCUGCUCUAAACUGAAGGAAGUGAAUUCUGAAAUCCAUGGGAUAAAGUAAAGAAGAAAAAAAAAAGGUCAAUCCUUGGGGUCACAAUGAAUCAAUCUCUCUUUUGGUUGAUUUUUGUUUUAGAAGAAAAGUACCCAAAAAGGCAAAAACCAAAUAUUUGAAAGACUUUAAAAAAUAUGACUGACAACAUUCAGUUACUUGUAUACUGACAUUGUGUGGUCUAUGUAGUAUUUUUUCCUACAACAAAAUUGCUGUUUUCCACUUGUCCAAGGGUAUUGUAAUUCUGUGAAAACAAUAUAUAUUGUUAACUAUUUAAAAAAUGUCAAUUGAAGAGAAAUAUCCUAUCAUGAAUUGAAAAACCAGCAAAUGUUUGAUACAAAUAUAUUUGUCCUUUAGUCUGUAUAUGCUGUUUAAAUAUUACAUCCUUUUUAUCUUGGAAUAUCUCAAAAUUUAAUUUUAAAACUAAUUUAUCAUUCUUUCUUAUGGCUAUGAAUCACUUUAACUGUGCAAGAAUUCUUUCAUGGGUUUUCAUAAUUUCAUUUUUUUACAUCAAAGUUUUAUAUAGUUCUCAUUCCCGACGUUUCUAUAAAUAAUCUCUACUGAAGCAAAUUCUGCCUUAAGUAUAAAAAUUAUAAAAACUGCUGAAUUACUUGAUAUUACUUGAAUGGUCUUUGGUGCAAUUUCUUCUAGUGCCUUUAUUAAUGAAAUGGACAUUUUAAAAGUGAUUAGGUGUGAAAUAAAAUUACCUGUUUAGAAAGGGAAAAAAUUAAACAUGCUAAAUUGAA